AUGGCAUGUACAAGUUCGGUCCUCUCUGCUCCUCGCCCCUUGCCAGCUUCCACCAGGGAGGUCCCCCAGGCAGCCUGCAGCAUGAUCUCCAUCACCGAAUGGCAGAAGAUUGGUGUGGGCACCACCGGCUUCGGCAUCUUCUUUAUCCUCUUUGGGAUGCUCCUGUACUUUGACUCCGUGCUCCUCGCCUUCGGAAAUCUGCUGUUCCUGACCGGCCUGUCCCUCAUCAUCGGCCUGAGGAAGACGUUUUCCUUCUUCUUCCAGAGGCACAAGCUCAAGGGGACCAGCUUCUUCCUGGGGGGUGUGCUAGUUGUGCUUCUGCGCUGGCCCCUCCUGGGCAUGUGCCUGGAGACCUACGGCUUCUUUAGCCUCUUCAAGGGCUUUUUCCCUAUGGCCUUUGGCUUCCUGGGCAGCACCUCCAACAUCCCCUUCCUGAGUGCGCUGUUCCGGAGGCUACAAGGCACCAGCUCAAUGGUCUGAACAGCAAGAGAUAAGCUCCUUGAAUUUGGAUCAUCAGCAGAGGGGGCUGGAAAGGAAAUGGGGGCCACCCCAUCAGGCCCCCACCCCGCACUGACUCAUGUCCCCGUCAUACCUGGACCUCUCCAAGUCCAGAAGGAAGGAUGGAGCUGAGUGACUGACCUCAACUCCCCACGUCAACUUAAGAGGCUGUUUAGGACUGUUGAGAGCAGAGAUCCAGGGCCCCACGGAGAACAGCCUGGGCUGGGAUCACAUCCCACUCUGUAUUUAUCAGAGAAAAGGCAAAGAUUAAAUCCCCAAGCUGUGAAUGUGCCUAAGAGUCUAAGUCAGUGUCUCUAGCCCAUUAAGUCCAGUCCCUGACUCAGGGCAGGCCCACACAUAUCACUCCGUGUGACAAAGGGCAGGUCUGCUUUCAU